AUGGCCCCCUUGUCCACCACCCUACUCCUAGGCUCCCUUGCCAGCCUGGUUGCAGGCCAUGGCUACCUCAAGAGCAUCACCGUCAACGGCGAGAACUACCUUGCGUGGCAGGUCGGCCAGGACGACUAUGUGACGCCGCCUCCGGUACGAUACGCCCGCAAGCUGGCUGACAACGGACCGGUCCCUGACUUUACUACCGCGAACAUCACAUGCGGUGCAGGGGGUAAUAUCCCCGCUGAAGGGGUUAUUGAGCUUGCGGCUGGCGAUACAGUAACGCUCAACUGGGACCAAUGGGGUAGCAGUCAUUCCGGGCCAGUCAUGAACUACCUCGCCCACUGCACCAACGACGACUGCAAGUCCUUCGCAGGCGACACCGGCGCAGUUUGGGUCAAGAUCGAACAGCUCGCCUACAACCCCGCGGGCAGCCCUCCUUGGGCGUCCGACCUGCUCCGCGAACAAGGCGCCAAGUGGAAGGUGAUCAUCCCGCCCACGCUUGCGCCGGGCGAGUACCUGCUGCGGCACGAGAUUUUGGGCCUGCACGUUGCGGGCACCAGGAUGGGCGCCCAGUUCUACCCGAGUUGUACCCAGAUCCGGGUUACGCAGGGUGGUAGUGCGGAAUUGCCGGAGGGGAUUGCGCUGCCGGGGGCUUAUGAUCCUGAUGAUGCGGGUAUCCUGACCGAGUUGUGGAGGAUUAAUCAAGGACAGAUCAACUAUACGGCUCCUGGGGGACCGGUCUGGAGCGAGGCCGCGCCGGACGCGAACAGAGAGGGACCAUGA